GGGGCGUUCGCCGCCCUGGGGGCGCUCGUGGUGCUGGUGGGCAUGGGCAUCGCCGUGGCAGGCUACUGGCCGCACCGCGCGGGGGCUCUGGGACCCCGAGCCGCCAAUGCCAGCGCGCCCCGGGUGAGUGAGCUGCGCCGAGAGGGCCGCGGCGCCGGCCGGGGUCACGGCCCCCACGAGCGGCUGAGGCUCCUCGGGCCGGUGGUCAUGGGUGUCGGCCUGUUUGUGUUCAUCUGCGCCAACACGCUGCUCUACGAGAACCGUGAUUUAGAGACGCGACGGCUCCGCCAGGGGGUUCUGCGCGCCCAGGCGCUCCGGCCACCCGACGGCCCCAGCUGGGACUGCGCUCUGCUCCCCAGCCCUGGACCCCGGACUCCGCGAGCCAUAGGCUGCGCAGAGCUGGAAAGCUGGGACCUGUCCCCUCGGCGCGGAACCUCCCCGGUCCCUUCGGUGAGGAGUCUGCGUUCAGAGCCUGCUAAUCCUCGCCUGGGAUUACCUGCGCUGCUCAACAGCUACCCGCUCAAGGGCCCGGGCCUGCCUCCGCUCUGGGGUCCCCGGACCCAGACUGGCCAUGUGAUCAUCACCAUGCAGCCCUCCAGUUCCUGCAUCGAACACUCCAAGUCUCUGGAUCUGGGCCUCGGAGAGCUCCUGCUUGGGGCCCCAGCCGCUCGGGACUGUGCCCAUCGCAGCUGGCCACGGCUCGACCGCCUCAGUCUGGGGGGUUAUGCCAAGUUGGGCGGAGGAGGGGACUUGGGGGCUCGAGUCUGA